CUUACGGUGUCUGGGCCAACUCUCGCGAUAGUUGCGGCGGCUGAGAUCCCGGGAGCGGAGCAGAGGAAGUUGACAUGUCAACAAAGAUGACGAAUUAUCAGCGCGCAGGCAUGUAAGUGUGUGCUGGUCUGGAAUGGCCUGACGAGGAACUUCACCUAGACCUAGACCUUCUCCUGCGUCACAUUCACCUUCUGUCUCCAUGACGACCCCUCCGCUAGUAUCGCCUUUCGGCGCGCAGCCACCGCCGCAGCAGCAGCAACAGCAGCAAGCACAAGCAGCGCGUGAUGUCAACACAGCCUCGCUGUGUCGCAUCGGCCAGGAGACGGUCCAAGACAUUGUGCUCAGGACCAUGGAGAUCUUCCAGCUCCUCAGGAACAUGCAGCUGCCAAAUGGGGUCACGUACCAUCCCAACACCCACCAGGACAGGCUGGGAAAACUCCAGGAGCACCUACGUAUGCUUUCUGUGCUGUUCCGAAAGCUGCGUCUUGUCUACGACAAAUGCAAUGAAAACUGUGCCGGACUGGACCCCAUACCACCCGAGCAACUUAUACCCUUUGUGGAAGAUGACAGCUCCAAACACGAGGACCGCUCAGCUGGCCAGAGCCGCCCCGCCACCGAGGAGAGGAGAGAAAUCCUGGAGGUGAACAAGAAGCUGAAGCAGAAGAAUCAGCAGCUAAAGCAGAUCAUGGACCAACUCCGCAACCUCAUCUGGGAGAUCAACUCCAUGCUGGCUGUCAGGAGCUGAGACACACACACACACACUCACAAUCACACAAACACGCAAUCACACACACACACUGAACGGUUGUAAACUGGACGAGUGACAGGGUACAGCAGAGAUGGGCUGAGGCUGCACUUUACAG